AUGACUCUACAAGCAGAUAAUAAGAAAAAUAAUAAUAAUAAUAAUGCUGCUACCAGGGGAGGAAAAGGUAAAGAAGUUGUUCAUACUUCUAUAACGAAACCUUCUAUUACUCCUCAAGAAGCAGUGGAGGUGAAAUGUACAUUGCAGCAGUGUCGUCCACCAAGACUAUAUUGUUAUCCACGUGUACGUGCCCACUCUACACUGCUUGUAUGUUUGCGUACAAUGGAGUCUUUGGGUUCCAUUUGGCCAAAGAGAGUUCUUCGCAGUAGUCUCACUAUAAAUAAUAGAGUACUAUCCGCUGUCAAACAGGCUGUUCGUACUCCACAAAAGUUAAACAAUUCUUCUAUAGAUAAGAAAUCUUCUGUAGAUGUAGAUCUCCAACUCACACAGUGUCUCUAUCCAGGAAGUCAAGUGGCUCUUGUGAGUGAUAGUACAGUUAGUAUGAUGGAUGCCCUCUUACGAUAUCUUUGUAUUUCGCAGGGAACUACUGUAUUUCUACCGGGAUUAUUACUUCAUCCAUAUUUUUAUCUUCUGCAACUCUUUGAUCGAUGGAUGUUGCGUGUAGUGGGAUAUGAUGUGGAUACGGUAACUAUGACUGCAGAUGAAAAUGAUAUUCGAAAGAAAGCAUUAAAACUUGGUCUUCUUACUUCAUCCAAAAAGAAAGAAACCACAUCAGAGAGUAAAGGAUGUCGACCUCUUGUUUUAUUGAUUGGAAUGGGUGGAAGAUUUCUUAUAAAUGCAGAUCGUAUGGUUCACUUUGCCCGUCAUGAACUUCACGCGUUAACGGUAGAAUUACAUCCUGUAAAGGCAAUCACAUUAACUUCCUCUGAAGAGAGUAAAGAAAAUCGUAUGAAUAUGCAAGCGGAUAUGCAUAUCACUUGUAUGGAUGCCGCAGGUGAAAUAGGUGGGGCAGUGGCAUUUACAAUAGAUCCUUUAUUAGCUCAAGGAAUACUUUCACAAUUACAAAAACGUUCACCAGCGGCCACUCAAAGACAAUGGGUUAUGUUAACAAGACAUAUUGCUCACUUAUUAUUAUCAGAUGGAAUGAGUUUUCAAUUUGUAUUGCAAGCUGUACAGUUAUGGUCUAUGAUAGCACAUGCAAUAGAUACAGCUACAAUGUGGAUGCAUAGAGGAGGAAAUACUCCACAAGAACAAUUACAAAAUAAAGAAGAAAUAGAGAAGGAGGAAAAAGAAAAAGAAAAAGAAAAGAAGAAAACGACGAAGAAGAAAGUAGUAAACCAAAGUACUAUUACAAAUGCUGAUAAAAUAUUUGAAUUCAUAAUGAAACCACGAGUAGUAGAGAUGCAGAUUCCUCCAAUCUCUGAGAAGAAUGAUAGUAAUAAUAAUAAUCAUCAUAGUGAUAGUUCUUCCAUGUCCAAUAACACUCAGGAUCUUUUUACCUUUUCAAAACCACAUCGUGCAGUUAUUAUAUGGAUGAUGAAUGCUGCUCUUACUAUGCAAAGACGUGUGGAAAAAGAGUGUUUCUCUCUUUGGGAAUUUCUUUCAUAUAUUCGCAAUGAUGUGGAAGUUGUUUCCUGUGGAGAACCCCAUACACCGUGGAAUUGCGUAAUGGGGUACUCUGAUAAUAUCAUAUUACGUGUGCGAUCACCUCAUCUCGCAGCUCAGGCUCUACACACUGCAGGAUUUGAUGCUGUGGCUGCCGUUACUCAUCUCUGGCAUAGUGGAUAUACCUUUUUUGAUGAGAAGAGCAAUAAUAGUAAUAAUAAGAAUAAUAGCGAUAGUGGGAAAAGAAAUAAUACUACUAAUAGUAGUAAUAGUAAUAGUAGUAGUAUUAGUAGCGACAGUAAUAAUAAUAGUUCUUCAAAGUGGAAACUGGACUCAUUGACGCUACGUGAAGUUGUUCUUCUUCCUGAUUGUCCUCAGUGUGAAGCUCUUGCACAACGCAUGCUGUUUUUACCACUUUAUCCAGAAAUGAAAUGGAAAAACCGGCAAAAACUUCAUCGUGUGAAGGCAACAUUUCCAUCGUUUCUAUUUAAAAGUCCCAGUGAAAAAUUCCAUCAGUAUGUAUUGAAUACACCAGAUCAUCAUGCUUAUCGAUCCGUUGAGGUAACUGCAUUAAUGACAUCCUGGUUACAACGAAGAGGUGGGAAGGAAAAGACCUUUAUAGAUCCUCAACCACUUUUAUUUUGGGCGUUACUAGGACCAAUUCCAGGUUACUUACUUUCCAAGUUAUAA